AUGUCUACGACAGAUGAAUUGAACCUCUUAAUACAAAAUUUACAAAAAUGUAAUAAUACGAAUGAAUGCAUAAAUUUCGAUUUGUCCAGUACUAUACAAGGUUUUUUAAAUUGUUUAGAUAGAAAUGUACUAGAAAAUAUAGAUAAGGGUCUAGGAGAAAACGAAUAUGAAAAAGAGGUAGUAGAUAAUUUUACCUCCGCUGCUAUAUUUGUGGAAAAUUGUGUAAAAAUUUUUAGUCAAAAAAUUGAGCAUUUACAUAAUUUAGCACAUAAUACAUUAUAUAAUAUAUAUAAAGAAAAUAAGCAUAACUCGUCAUCAAAAAAAAACCAGUUGAUAAUAUCUGAUGAAGAAGAAUAUUUAUAUAUUAACGAAAUAAAAAAUAUGAAAAAUACACAACAUGAUAAUGAUACAAUUGAAGAUGAUAUAUUAAUUAAAACCAUACCAUUUCCAACUUUUCUUUUUUCCGAUAAUAUUAAAAAAACAAAAGAUAUAAAUGAAGAUAAAAGAAAAACAAAUUUUAAUAAUAAUGAUGAAGAUAAAGAAAAUGAUAAUAUAAAUAACAAUGAUAUAGAUGCUAUAAAUGAAUUUGAAAUUACAGAAAAUAAUUCUGUGAACACAUUAAAUUUUGAAAAAAUAUAUCUUGAAAAUGAUGGUAUCUUAUUAUUAGAUAUAAAUGAUUAUAACGUAUUUAUAGAUGAUCCUUAUAAUUUUUCUAUACAAAAUAAAAAUAGUACUAUCUUAUUUGAAAAAUAUGAUUUUUUUUCUAGACAUUCAACAUAUUUAUCUUCAAAUACUUUGAGUAAAUAUGUUGUAGAAAAUAAAAACAUGGAUCAUAUAUAUAAACUAUAUAAUCAUAUAACAGAUAUAAUAAAUAAAAAUAUAUGUUUCGAUAUUUUUUUAUUUAAACAAGAUUUUUUUGAUUAUGAUUUUUCUUUAGGUAUAUUAAAAAAUAAAAAAUCUAUUCUGAAAAAAUUUAAGCAACAACAAAAAAAAUUACAUCUUUUAGAAGAAAAUACACAUAUGGAUAAUCAUAUUAAUAAUAAUCAUCAUUUACAAAGAUAUGAUUUAAAUAGACCCCUGCCUAAUUAUUAUAUGUUACAUUGUUACAAUAUAAAAAAUUAUCAAGACUUCUUUAGAUACAUGCAACCAAAUUAUAUACUUGAAAUAAUGAAACGUGACAUAAUCAAACAAAUAUAUAACACAAAUCAACAACAAAGGCCUGUACAAAAUGAAGCAGAUGGGAUAUAUAAUGAACAAAAAAAAAAUGAUAAUAAAGAAAAUAAUAUUGAAGUUCCACAAUAUAAGGAUAAUACAAAAUGUUAUGAUAAUCCAUUUUAUCAUUAUAUUAUUUCUAAUAAUAUAAUCCAGUUGGAUCAUAUGAUUGAUGAUGAUGAUGAUUAUGAUGAUAUGAUAUAUUUUGAUGAAUAUUUUUAUAAAAGCCUCAUUUCAUACAAUACAAAUAUAAACGAUCUUGAUAAAAACACAAACAAUAAUCAAACUAAUGAUGAAACAAAUAUUAUAAACAAUAUGAAAGAUGAAAAACAAAAAAAUUCGCUUAUAUAUUCAAAUAUUAACAAUUUCUCAAAUGAUCAAAAAUUAUUUAAUCAAAUAAAAAUUCCAGAAUUAUAUAUCCAAAAAUUAGGGUUGAAUUUUUCAUACUACCAUCUAGAACCAUUAAUAUACAAUUUCAUAAAAACACUUAAAAAAAAAAAUGAUUUUGAAAAAUUUUUUUCGGUGAACCUUUUUGAUGACAAACCUAUAUAUGAAUUUGACAUUUUAAGAGAUGAUGAGUAUGACGAACAAAAAAAUGAAGAUAAUAAAAAUGAUAUAGAACAAAAUAAUAACUUUCAAAAUAUUACAGAUAAAAAUAUAUUAAAUGAUGAAAUGGAUAAUAUACCUAUAGCUAUUUUCGAAAACGACCAUCUCGACAAUACAUUUAUUAUGAAUGACGACCAAGAAUUGCAAGACAGGAAGAAUAUUAUUAACUAUACAAUAAAUAACGGUGAAAACAUAUUAUUUACUAAACUUAUUAAGAAUAAAGACAAAUUUGAAAUAUCAAGAAAUUUUUUAACGACACUUAUGUUAAUUAAUGCAGAUAUAUUAAACAUAAAAAAAAUUAAUAAACAUAAAAAAUCUAACAAUGUAAGUAAUUAUGAAAUACAUAUAAAAAAGGAAAACCUACAACAAUAUCUGAGCAUCUCAAAGCAAGUUCAAAAUAAAUCUUUUCUAAUUAAAGAGAAAAAAAGAAAAAAAAAUAAAGAACAUCUCACAAAUGGUAUGAAAGAUACCUUAAAAAAAAAGCAAAAAAUAUGA